ACUCGACCAUAGAGACGGUCGUAGCUAGAGAGACUCCCGCGAGGUUCGGGACGCUGAAUGAGACUAGAACCAAACCGAACCGAACCGAACCAAACCCAACUGGCCCGGGAGGGCAGGACCAAGGGGAGAGACGUGCGCCUUAGUGUCUGUCCGUCCGGACCCGGAUGGGGGCCCAACUAGGGACAGAGACGGGGAGGUGGAGACACUGGGACGACAACUGGAAGGGGUCAGCCCCAGAGCAGCUCACCGUCGUCGGGCGAGGCCUGCUAAGGACACAGCUGCGGACCCCAGGCGGGUGGGAGGACAGGGGACCCCCGGGCUCACACAGUACGAGAGUCAAGAGAGGGCGUUUUCCUGCCGACCCGCUGCGAGCAGGAAACCGAGCCGCGGGAGAACCAGCCGCUAGGGCUGGUCCGGCAGCCGAGGAGGUUAAGCGGCUCAGAGCUGGACAGGCCAGGACCCGGGCUGUAUGCGAGCCCCGGAGUUGCUGGGCCGCUCCGAGACCUCCAGAGACCCGUCGGGAGAAACUGGGAAAACCCUCUAGACUGCGACGCGGUGUCCGCGUGUCGCCGGCCCCCGGCUCUAGCGCUGGCUCCCUGACGGCCUCCCCAAAGGAGCUGCGCCGAGGCUUGGGGGAGGAACGUUUGGUUGCCGAGUUUGUCAAAUUGGCUGAGGACUCCAGUAGUUCCCUUCAACCAGAUCUUCGCUUCCUAAAUAAUUUUCUCAAGCCAGAGAAGCUAACAAAGAGAGAGAAGAGGUUUAAAGAAAAGGCAAUAGUAGAAAUGAUGAAGCUGGACAAGCAAAUCAAAGAAACUCAAAUCCGGCUAGAACCUAUAAUGGGGGAUACUAGGCAGCUGCUUGCAGAAAAGGCACAUGUCAAGAAGGAAAACCAGUUCUUUCUGGAAUACCUGACCAAGCAAACAGAGGAGUGUAAACAGCGAAUUGAGAAGCUGUGGAACGACUAUUUACACCAAAGUGGGGAGAUUGAACAAAAGAGACAAGAAUUAGCCUCUAAAUAUGCAAAGAAAAAAUCAGAGCUUAAAACAGAGCUCCUGCAGAAGGAAAAGAUCCUGUCCAACUUGAAUCAGCAGUUGGAGGCAAUGAGGGACAUUUCCAUAGUAAAGGAGAACCAGGAGAGAGAAAUUCGGACACUGCAGCAGGAGAUAAAGAAAACCCAGGCUGAGACAGCUGUAAAGAAACAGGCUGUACUGGUUCAGUUCUUCCAGGAAAAAGCAUUACUGGAGGCACAACUGAGCGAGCUAGACGCAAGGCAGUUGGGAAAGAGACCAACAAAGGAGCUGAACAGCAAGAACCAAGCCUUAGAGAAGGCAGCAAAGCAGUAUGCUUCCGAGUUCCAUGGUAGCAUCAACAAACAGCACCAGCGGUUACGGAAGGAACUACCACAGCUAAUUCAGAAAUGCCAGAAGUUGGAGGCUACUCACAGCCAUUUAAAGCAGCAGCAGCAGCUGCUGCAGCAGGAGCAGUGGUACCUGGAAUCCUUAAUCCGGGGAAGGCAACGACUCCAAGAAAGGCGUAAUCCAUGCCCAAGACAGGGUGUUCCAAAGACCACACUGAACCCUGCCCUGGGCACCAAGUCAAGGAUGCAUCCAAAGUAAUUUCUAAAUAACACUAAGUCAGGACUAGAACAAGGGUUUUUAGGUGCUGCAUAACAUAAACCUGGUUAGGAAGCCUUUGGGAUCUCAGGUUGCUGUGGUAAAAUAGCCACCAUGAUGUGUUAAUGUGAAGGAUUAGGUGCUUUUUCCAGCAGUGGUGCUAGAUUAUUUACUAGACUGGCUUCCCUUAGAGUUAGGUUUUUCUUUAAUUAGGUCUUGGUAAUAAACAGGUUCUUCCUCACAUCUCCAGAUAGCCCCGUAUCAUUUGCCGAAAAUCCACACGUGGAAGAAACUAACUACCUUAAGAGAACCACCUUGAGGAAGUGAGAGGAAAACAGUUGUGUGAUGUGUUUCACCUAUAGCUAAAUUAGGUUUCUUUAUAGAAAAAGCCCCCCCUGCCCCAAAGUAUAGCAUUUCAGAUGGUUACAUUCUGCUUUCUGCCCGUAAACAACCAACCUCAGUGUAACCUCACUCCUUUGGCCACCUUCACAGACAAAGGCAAGGUGUUUUUAAGCUCUUUGUAAAGUCUGUGCUCGUGAUCAGUUGGCUGCUUCUAUAGUUUCCUAUGAUUGAAAAAUACUCUAGUAACAGCAAGUGUAAUAAGCCGUAGAAUGACUUUCUCUCUGAUGCUCAACCCAUACAAUUUUAGCUUUGUGUGAACUGAGAAGAUAGGAUGUAUGCAUACCUGGUCAGGUUUUCUGUGGAGAAAUAUCUCUAGCCUGAAUGAGGUGACUGAAUGCUUCUGCCUGUUUCAGGAAACUAUAUCAAAAGAAAGUUUUCAUAUAUUUGGAGAACUUUUAAAAGAGUCUUUUGCCAUCUCUUUCCCCAGCAACAUCCUAAAUUCUAAGAUGACAUGUAAGAUGAUAAAACAUUCACUAGAGUACCUUCACUUUAGGUCUCUUAUUACAUUUUCUUACGACAUAGGCAGUUAUUAGUCCUUUUGUUAUUCACAUUACCCUACAUUUAUGCCCCUUCAGUAGAACUAGGAAUAGUAUUUUAAAUCAAUAUAGACCUUUAGGGCGUUAUAUUUAUGUCCCUUCAGUAGAACUAGGAAUAGUAUUUUAAACUAGUAUUGACCUUUAGGGCACUUAGGACAUACUGAUGAUUAGAUCAGAGGCUUCUUCAAAUGCUAAAUUCUGGUACAGAAAUAUAGCCUCAUAUGUUUACAUUGCUCCUCUAUGAGAAAACAUAGUCAAUUUUAUGUUUUCCAGAAAUUGUCGGUGAUGAAAAACUUCAUCAUAAUUUUCCCAGAUUUGUUUUCUUCAUAUGUAAAAUGAAUUCUUGUACAAUUAGAUUCCAAAAAGGAUUCUGCCUCAAUGUGCCUUUAACUUUUAGCUUUAACAAUUUUUCUGUUUUAUGCGUAAUGUCUUAAUUCUUAAGUUUUUCCUAUUGAAAAUAAAAAACUGAUGGUAAUAUACCCAAUGGCUUCAUUAUUGUUCCAAUGUAAUGUACUUUCUACUUCUUACCAACUCUGCAUGUCUGCUUCAUACUUCAACUGCGUAAAAAUGCAGUUUUGGUGCAAAAAGUAGAAUAUUAGGUAGCACAUUCUACCUUAACCUGAUUCAGUGGACCUGAAAGUAUAGACAGCGCAUUCAAAAACAUGGUAUCCAAGAUACACUUGAAACCCCCAUUCUGUUGAUGCAAAAACCAUAGGAAAGUAUGUGACUAAGGAUGAUAAGGAGUUGGAAAACAGGAGGGGUGAAUUUUAUUAUUCUGCUGUUAAUUCUCCCUCCUGCCAGUGCUACCCCAGUGAUCUCAUUCAGGAGUGAAUAACCUCCAUCCUGUCUCAGUUUAUUUUGGAUUCCUCUCAUCCCAGAUAACGGAUCUGAUCUGGUGCACUGUUUCUGGCUGUCCCUUUGAGAAGGAGGCCUCUGAGGGCUUGAAGAUGGGUGAGUCAUCUGAUAAAGUCCCCCGGAAAUUCUUAUCAGCAAGCCAGCAGCAAGUUGGCCAACUAGGAUCUUAGUCUACUUUUUGUCUGCUUUCCUAUGCCAGAAAAGAGAGGGUGAUGUUACAGAAAGUGCGUUUAGAUGGAAAAGACUUCUGAGGUGAAAUUUAGUUUAAGAUUUAAAUGAUAAAAUGAAGCCUUCAAUAUAAAAGUUGGGGAAGAAAACAUUGCAGGCAGAGGGAACAUGGGAAGUUUAGUAGGAUUAAGAACAGAUGAGUCAGGCGUUCCCAUUGUGGCUCAGUGGUUAACGAAUCCGACUAGGAACCGAGGGGUUGCAGGUUUGAUCCCUGGCCUUGCUCAGUGGGUUAAGGAUCCGGCGUUGUCGUGAGCUGUGCUGUAGGUCGCAGCCGUGGCUCAGAUCCUGCAUUGCUAUGGCUCUGGUGUAGACUGGUGGCUACAGCUCCGAUUCGACCCCUAGUCUGGGAACCUCUAUAUGCGGUGAGAGCGCCCUAGAAAAGGCAAAAAAAGACAAAAACAAAAAUCAGAAGCGUCAGUGUGGCUAAGCAUUAUUAGGUAGGGAAUGGCCAGAGAACACAGGUGGAGCUGAGGCAGAUGAGACUAGGAAGGUUAAUGGUGGGAGCAAGCAGGCCUUGCAGGACAAGGUAAAGGGAAGGACUGUUACUCUAAGUGCAUCAGGAAGACAUUAGGCUUUGAGCAGGUGAAUGAGGUCUGAUUUAUAAUAUAAAAACCUCACUACAGCUCUACAGGGAGUGCUCCAAGCCAGUGAAAAGCAGAAGAAAUCCAGUUAGGGAGCUCUUAAAAAGGCAAGAGGUGAUGACUAUUCGGAAUGGAAUGGCAAACAUGGAGGUGAACAGAAGAGAGAGGACGCUUGGGUGAGGGAAGAUGAAGCAGAAGUAAAAUUCCUCAAGUGGCUUUUUGAAGAAGGAGAUGAGCAGAGUAUUUUCUCUUUCUUGUUGGUGUGAACUGAUUUAUUAAAUGAAGCUUUUCAGACAUACCAAAAAAUACGUAACACUCACUAUCCAUUUGGAAAAUAAGAACUUACCAUUCACUCUGGAUCCCAGAAGCACUGCCUAAAUUUGGUGUUUAUCAUGCCUAUGCAUGCUUUCAUGCUAUUUUUCUCUAUUUUAUUAAAAUACAAAUCUAAGUAC